UUCAAGCGCACUUGACCGACUUCCCCAACAAAAUCUUGGAUGGGGACGACACUGUCGCGCAAGGUGGGGCGCUAUUGGACACGAAAAGACCGUCGUGUGCUGCUGGUGGGUCUGGACUCGGCGGGGAAGACCACCAUCCUGUACCACCUACGACUGCACAAAGCCAUUCCCACGCUGCCGACGUUGGGCUUCAACACGGAAGCGCUGAGUUUCCAUGGACUCACGUUGAAUCUAUGGGACGUUGGAGGUCAAGACACAUUGCGCCCGUAUUGGCGGCAUCAUUUUACAGGCACACAAGGCAUCGUGUUUGUCAUUGACAGCUCGGACCACGAACGCGUGGAUUUGGCCAAGGCGGAGCUCCAUGGUGUCCUGCAUGACGAUCAGCUACGGGACGCAUGCCUCCUGGUCCUCAUGAACAAGCAAGAUCUGGCCAAGGGCGAUGUCGACGUCGUCAAGGAGCUGGCGCUGGAAGAAGUAUGCCAGUCUCGCAAGUACUUGGUGCAGCCCACCGUUGCGACCACAGGCGCAGGGCUCGAGCAGGGCUUUAUGUGGCUAUGCGAGCACAUGGUUCCACUGUAAGCAGGCUUUCACCAAUGCUGAACAGUAAAACCAUGCUAAUAGUAUAUGUUAACCACGAAUGCCUUUGAAUGGGCACAACGGUCUGCAA